AUGGCGGCCAAGCGCAAAGGCGGCCUGAAACUCAACGCCAUCUGCGCCAAGCUGAGCCGCCAGGUGGUGGUGGAGAAGGGGGCAGAGGCUGGCGCCCACACGGAGGGCAGCCCACUGAGGCCCCAGGACAAAGAGCGCAGUGGCCCUGAGCCAGGGGUGGCCCGGGCCCCCCGCAGCGAAGAAGACAAGAGGCGGGCAGUGAUCGAAAAGUGGGUCAACGGGGAGUACAGGCAGCCCCGGGGCUGCAGCGACGAGGAGGACCACGGCGAGGAGCCCAAGGAUGGCGCGGCCGAGAAGGACACGGACAGGGCAGCCUCCAAGGACAGCGGUGGCCCUGGUGCCAAGCAGCCCUCAGGAGAGGCCUCCUCGCUGCGGGACUACGCGGCCUCCACCAUGACCGAGUUCCUGGGCAUGUUCGGCUACGACGACCAGAACACGAGGGACGAGCUGGCCAGGAAGAUCAGCUUCGAGAAGCUGCACGCAGGCUCCGCCCCCGAGGUGGCCACCUCCUCCGCGCUGCCCGCCGGGGAGGACGCCCUCAGCAAGCGGGCGCGUUUCUCCAAGUACGAGGAGUACAUCCGGAAGCUCAAGGCGGGCGAGCAGCUCUCCUGGCCGGCCCACGGCACCAAGGCCGAGGAGCGCGCGGGCAAGGACUCCCUGGGCCCCCUGCCCGGCCUGCGGCUGCCCAGCCACACGGCGCACCUGGAGACCAAGGCCACCAUCCUGCCGUUGCCCUCACACAGCAGCGUCCCCAUGCAGGGCCUGGUGGCCCGGGCCUCCAAGUACGACUUCUUCAUCCAGAAACUGAAGACGGGCGAGAACCUGCGGCCCCAGAACGGGAGCACCUACAAGAAGCCGUCCAAGUACGACCUGGAGAACGUCAAGUACCUGCACCUCUUCAAACCCGGGGAGGGCAGCCCCGACAUGGGCGGGGCCAUCGCCUUCAAGACGGGCAAGGUGGGGCGCCCCUCCAAGUACGACGUCCGGGCCAUCCAGAAGCCGGGCCCUGCCAAGGUGCCACCCGCUCCCAGCCUGGCUCCUGCUCCCCUCGCCAGCGUGCCCAGUGCUCCCAGCGCGGCUGGGCCGGGGCCCGAGCCACCUGCCUCCCUGCCCUUCAACACUCCCGAGUACCUGAAGUCGACCUUCUCCAAAACAGACUCCAUCACCACGGGGACCGUCUCCACUGUCAAGAACGGAUUGCCCACAGAUAAACCAGCUGUCACCGAAGAUGUAAACAUUUACCAGAAAUAUAUUGCCAGGUUCUCGGGCAGCCAGCACUGCGGCCACAUCCACUGCGCCUACCAGUACCGCGAGCACUACCACUGCCUGGAUCCCGAGUGCAACUACCAGAGGUUCACGAGCAAGCAGGACGUGAUCCGGCACUACAACAUGCACAAGAAGCGCGACAACUCCCUGCAGCACGGCUUCAUGCGCUUCAGCCCGCUGGACGACUGCAGCGUCUACUACCACGGCUGCCACCUCAACGGGAAGAGCACCCACUACCACUGCAUGCAGGUUGGCUGUAACAAGGUGUACACGAGCACGUCGGACGUGAUGACGCACGAGAACUUCCACAAGAAGAACACGCAGCUCAUCAACGACGGCUUCCAGCGCUUCCGGGCCACCGAGGACUGCGGCACGGCCGACUGCCAGUUCUACGGGCAGAAGACCACACACUUCCACUGCAGGCGCCCCGGCUGCACAUUCACCUUCAAGAACAAGUGUGACAUCGAGAAGCACAAGAGCUACCACAUCAAGGACGACGCCUAUGCCAAGGACGGCUUCAAGAAGUUCUACAAGUACGAGGAGUGCAAGUACGAGGGCUGCGUGUACAGCAAGGCCACCAACCACUUCCACUGCAUCCGCGCCGGCUGCGGCUUCACCUUCACCUCCACCAGCCAGAUGACCUCGCACAAGCGCAAGCACGAGCGCCGGCACAUCCGCUCGUCGGGCGUGCUGGGGCUGCCGCCCUCGCUGCUGGGCGCCAAGGACACCGAGCAGGAGGAGUCCAGCAACGACGACCUGGUGGACUUCUCUGCCCUGAGCAGCAAGAACUCCAGCCUGAGCGCCUCCCCCACCAGCCAGCAGUCCUCCGCCUCCCUGGCCACCGCCACCGCCACCGCCGAGGCCGUGCCCGGGGCCACCAAGCCUCCCAACAGCAAGAUCUCCGGGCUGCUGUCCCAGGGCCUGCCCGGCUCCAUCCCCCUGGCCCUGGCCCUCUCCAACUCAGGCCUGCCCACCGCUGCCUCCUACUUCCCCAUCCUCCCGGGCAGGGGCAGCGCCUCCCUGCCUGUGGGCACCCCCGGCCUCAUGGGUGCCAUGUCGUCCGGGGCAGCAGCCACGGCGACACCCGACACAGCCACUCUGGGCGCCUCGGGAGCUGGUGACUCAGCCCCCGCCACCGCCACUGCCGCUUCUGUCUCGGUGCCCCCCGCCUCCAUCAUGGAGAGGAUCUCUGCGAGCAAGGGCCUCAUCUCGCCCAUGAUGGCCAGGCUGGCCGCGGCCGCCCUCAAGCCCUCUGCCACCUUUGAUCCAGGAAAUGGGCAGCAGGCCACCCCCGCCAGGUUCCCCCCGGCCCCGGUGAAGCAGGAGCCUGGUGAGAACGCGGGUGCCCCAGGUUCCCACGAGGCCUCCCAGGACCGCAGCUCAGACCUGAUUGUGAAGGAGCCCAGUAAUGAAUCAAAUGGCCACGCAGUCCCGGCAAAUUCAUCUCUUUUAUCCUCGCUUAUGAAUAAGAUGUCUCAGGGCAACCCCAACCUCGGCAGCCUGUUGAACAUCAAGACAGAAGCAGAGGGGAGUCCUAACGUGGAGGCCUUGCCCUUCCUGGGCAAGGCCGCGAAGGCGCUGGUUCAGGAGAAGCUGCCGGAGCCCUGGAAGUUGUACCUGCGCAGGUUCGGUACCAAGGACUUCUGCGACGCCCAGUGUGACUUCCUUCACAAGGCCCACUUCCACUGCGUGGUGGAGGAGUGCGGCGCGCUGUUCAGCACCCUGGACGGGGCCAUCAAGCAUGCCAACUUCCACUUCCGGACGGAGGGAGGAGCCGCGAAAGGCAAUGCGGAGGCCUCCUUCCCGGCCUCGGCUGCUGAGACCAAACCUUCCUUGGCCCCCUCGUCCCCGCCGGCGCCGCCCGUCACCACGGCCACGGUGUCCUCUCUGGAGGGACCCACUCCCAGCCUGGCCGCGGUGCCCUCCGCCCCCACCCUGCUCGCCUGGAAGCAGCUGGCUUCCACCAUACCCCAGAUGCCUCAGAUUCCAACGUCAGUGCCUCACCUGCCCACUUCGCCCUUGGCAACGACUUCUCUAGAAAACGCCAAGCCCCAGGUCAAACCCGGAUUCCUCCAGUUCCAGGAGAACGAUCCUUGCCUGGCGACGGACUGCAAGUAUGCCAACAAGUUCCACUUCCACUGUCUCUUCGGGAACUGCAAGUACGUCUGCAAGACCUCGGGCAAGGCCGAGUCCCACUGCCUGGACCACAUCAACCCCAACAACAACCUGGUGAACGUGCGAGACCAGUUCGCUUACUACUCCCUGCAGUGUCUCUGUCCCAACCAGCACUGCGAGUUCCGGAUGCGCGGCCACUACCACUGCCUCCGGACCGGCUGCUACUUUGUGACCAACAUCACCACCAAGCUGCCGUGGCACAUAAAGAAGCACGAGAAAGCUGAACGGCGGGCAGCCAACGGGUUCAAGUACUUCACCAAGCGCGAGGAGUGCGGCCGGCUAGGCUGCAAGUACAACCAGGUGAACAGCCACUUCCACUGCAUCCGCGAGGGCUGCCAGUUCUCCUUCCUCCUCAAGCACCAGAUGACCUCCCACGCCCGCAAGCACAUGCGGAGGAUGCUGGGGAAGAACUUCGAUCGUGUGCCCGCCUCCCAGGGCCCCCCGAGCCUGAUGGACACGGAGACUGAUGAGUACAUGGACUACACCGGCUGCAGCCCGGGCGCCGUGUCCUCCGAGUCGUCCACCAUGGACCGGAGCUGCUCCAGCACCCCCGUGGGCAACGAGAGCACGGCCGCAGGGAACACCAUCUCCAUGCCGACAGCCUCAGGGGCCAAGAAGCGCUUCUGGAUCAUCGAGGACAUGUCCCCGUUCGGGAAGCGGCGCAAGACGGCCUCCUCCCGCAAGAUGCUGGACGAGGGCAUGAUGCUGGAGGGCUUCCGGCGCUUCGACCUCUACGAGGACUGCAAGGACGCGGCCUGCCAGUUCUCGCUCAAGGUCACGCACUACCACUGCACGCGCGAGAACUGCGGCUACAAGUUCUGCGGGCGCACGCACAUGUACAAGCACGCGCAGCACCACGACCGCGUGGACAACCUCGUGCUGGACGACUUCAAGCGCUUCAAAGCCUCGCUCAGCUGCCACUUCGCCGACUGCCCCUUCUCGGGCACCAGCACGCACUUCCACUGCCUGCGCUGCCGCUUCCGCUGCACCGACAGCACCAAGGUCACGGCGCACCGCAAGCACCACGGCAAGCAGGACGUGAUCAGCGCGGCCGGCUUCUGCCAGUUCAGCUCCAGCGCGGACUGCGCCGUGCCCGACUGCAAGUACAAGCUCAAGUGCUCCCACUUCCACUGCACCUACCCCGGCUGCCGCCACACGGUCGUGGGCAUGUCGCAGAUGGACUCGCACAAGCGCAAGCACGAGAAGCAGGAGCGCGGCGAGCCCGACCCCGGGCAGCUGCCCCCCGAGAUCCUCCCCGGGCCCCAAGCCCACGCCAGUGGGAUUCCUUAUUGCUCAGGACGGGGUCGGGUGCUGGGGGUCACUGGGACCCCCACCCGUAACCACCAGAGGCAGCCGCACCUGUAG